CCACGUUUGGCUCCCUCUCCUCACCCUUAUUCUUCUCUCUGGCUCUGUCUGUCCCCCUGAGUUUGGUGCUGAGUGCGGUAAUAACCGCAGCGUUUAGAGCAGGAAGCUGAUCAGCUGGAAUAGAGCACAGGAAGGUGACAGGAAAGGACAGUCUGAGUUGGCCAUCAGAGGGGGAGAGAUCACGUGUGACUGGGGACCAUGACGACAGAGGUGGGAUCUGAGACGGAGGUGAAAAAAGAGCCGGAGAAGGCGGAGGAGCAGCCUUCAGCACCUGAACCAGAACCACCAGCCACCACCCAGACAGACGAGGCCGCCGAGCAGUCCGCCAACGAAAGCCCCGCUCUGGCAACAGACUCAGCAGAAGCCCCUGCAGAGGCCAAGGAGAACCAGGAAGAGGCCCAGCCUGCCGACAACGCCACAGCACAGGAGGGAGAGGACUCCCCAGCCUCACCACCAGCUUCAGAGAAGAAAGGCAUCUCCAGGUUCCUCCCUCCAUGGCUUAAGAGGCAGAAGUCUCAAAGCACGGUGGGACCCAAAGAGAGCCAGGCGACGCCCAAGGAAGAGGGAGGUGUGGUCCCGGUGAAGGAGGAGGUUGAGAAGGCGGAACAGGCCGAGGCAGAGCAGACAUCAUCGCCCACAGCAGCUGAACCACAGGUUGAAGAAGAGAAAGUGAACGGAGAGGCGGAGCCAGAACAGAAAGAGGAAGUGAAUUCAGAGGAAAAAGAAGAGGAGAAUCAUUCCACUGGCAGUGCAGAAACUCAGCCUGCUAAGGAGGAGAAAGCAGUAGAGGAAUCUCAGGAGAAGAGUGCAGUGGAGGAGGAGAAUAAAGAGACAGAGGAAGGAGGAGAGAAGAAGAAAGACGAGGAAGAGAGCUUGAAGCCUGAGGGAGGACAUUAUUUUAUCAAGUCGCCGCUGAAACUGACCAAGAAGGUGAAGAUGGUGAUGUGUCAUGUGACCAUGCUUGAUGGAAGCCAGUUCCCCUGCGAGGUGGAGAAACGGGCGAAAGGCCAGUACCUGUUUUUCAAAGUGUGUGAAGCCCUGAACCUACUGGAGAAGGACUACUUUGGGUUGAGUUACAAAGACAACGCUGACCAGACGUGCUGGCUUGACCCUACAAAGGAGAUCAAACGUCAGAUCCGCAAUGCCUCCUGGCAGUUAGCGUUCAAUGUCAAGUUCUACCCUCCUGAUCCAUCCCAGCUGACCGAGGAUAUUACCAGAUAUCUCCUGUGCCUUCAGCUCCGGCAGGACAUAGCUUCGGGGCGUCUGCCCUGCUCCUUCGUCACCCACUCUCUGCUGGGUUCCUACUCCCUGCAGGCCGAGCUGGGAGACCACGACCCCGAUGAGCAACGCCUCGACUACAUCAGCGACUUACAGUUUGCCCCCUCACAGACCAAAGAGAUGGAGGAGAAGGUUGUCGAGCUCCACAAAACUCACAGGGGGAUGACUCCUGCUCAAGCAGACACCCAGUUCUUAGAAAACGCCAAGAAGUUGUCGAUGUAUGGCGUCGAUCUCCACCAUGCCAAGGACUCUGAGGGAGUGGACAUCAUGUUGGGAGUGUGUGCCAAUGGCCUGCUGAUCUACAAAGACCGACUCCGGAUAAACCGCUUUGCCUGGCCCAAAAUCCUCAAGAUCUCCUAUAAACGCAGCAACUUCUAUAUCAAAAUCAGGCCGGGAGAGACGGAGCUGUUUGAGAGCACCGUGGGCUUCAAGCUGCCCAACCACCGCUCUGCCAAGAGGGUCUGGAAGGUCUGCGUGGAGAAUCACACCUUCUUCAGGUUGAUGACUCCAGAAGCGCCCACUAAAGCCAAGUUCCUCACGCUGGGCUCCAAGUUCCGCUAUAGUGGGCGCACACAGGCCCAGACACGACAAGCCAGCACCCUCAUCGACAGGCCGGCACCCUACUUCGAGCGCACUUCCAGCAAGCGCAUCUCACGAAGCCUGGAUGGAGCUCCAGUGAUUAACGUGAUCGAGGCCCAGGACUCAGCCCCCACCUCUGUGGAGAACGGCAGGGAGCCUGGCCUGGAACUCUCCUCUGACUCCAAGACCACACAGGUAGAGGAGGAGCCUAGCGAAGGGGCGGCGGCCACACCUACUGAAGGCACUGAGAUGAAAAGAGAUGAGCCAGACUCCUCCCAGCAGGACCUGGAUAAGACUCAGGAGGAUGUUUUGAAACAUCAGGCUAGCAUUAGUGAGUUAAAGCGCAGUUUUAUGGAGGCCACCCCUGAACCGCGUCCCAGUCAGUGGGAAAAGCGCCUCACUGCCAGCCCGGCUACCAGCCUGCGUCUGCAGGCCCAAGGGAGGAGCCCCCCACCCAGAACCCAGGAGCCUCUCCCUGACCUCACAGUGGACACGGUCGCUAAGAGUUCAGAUGACAAACAGAAAUCAGACGAGGCGACGUGGCAGGCAGCAGAGGUUGAGAUAGAAGAGACAGUAGUCGUCGAGGAGAUCAGGGUGGCCCCCAAAGGCUCCGUCACCAUCACCACCCCCGAGGUGGUGGUCACCCCUGUCGCCGUGGAGACAGAGGUCGAGAAGCCCAAAGACGAAGUGAUAGAGGAAGUGAAGGAGGAAGUGAAGGAGGAGCAGAAGAGGCCUGUGAGCGUGUCCUCGGACAGCCACAGUGAGAGCGAGGAGGAGGAGGCGGGGGAGUACCACCCCCAGGUCACUGUCAGCGCCUCAGUGGACCAGAUCAAAGAAGAGCCUGAGGAAGAGGAGAAGGAGGAAGCGAAAGACCAUGAGGAACCAGAGCAAGUUGCAGAGCCAGUUGCAGAGCCAGAACCACUCCCAGAGGUCGAGGAAGAGGCCAAGCCUGCCCCUGCAGUAGUGGAAGAAACCCCUGUGGCAGAGACAGAGACGGCCCCUGUGGCCGAAGCCCCCGAGGAGGAGGAGGAGAGCACAGAGGACAUCCUGGUCACCCCUCACGAGGCCCCUUACGGGCACGCCGAGGCCCCUGAGGACCAGCCUAGCCUGGUGGCCCUAGAAGAAGAGGAAGAGGAGGAGCCCAGAGUCAACGGGGACGCGUCUCACACUGAGACGGAGCGCCUCCCCCAGGUUAUUUGUUGCUCUGAGCCUCCUGUGGUGAAGACAGAGAUGGUGACCAUCUCAGACACGUUUGCGGCCCAGAAGAUGGAGAUUGCCACUAAGGAAGUUCCCAUCGUGCACACAGAGACCAAGACCAUUACGUACGAGGCUGCACAGCUGGACGGCAGUGGAGACGGUGAACCAGGCGUUCUUAUGACAGCCCAAACCAUUACAUCUGAGUCGCUGUGCACAACCACCACCACACACAUCACCAAGACAUUAAAAGGUGGUCUCUCAGAAACCAGGAUCGAGAAGCGCAUUGUUAUCACCGGUGACUCAGACAUCGACCACGAUCAGGCCUUGGCCCAGGCUAUAAAGGAAGCCAAAGAGCAGCACCCUGACAUGUCAGUGACCCGGGUGGUGGUCCACAAAGAGACAGAGCUGGCAGAGGAGGGCGAGGACUGAGGCACCAGAGCUGAAGAGCCUGUGAAGUUCAUACAUGGAUCUUUGAGAAACUCCUGUAAUUUCCCAAACCAAGAGUCAACCUGGUGAGAAGACAAGGUGAAGACAACCCAGAGGCUGAACUCCUAUGUGUCUGUGUUUCAUCGCACACCUUCCUUUUUUUAUCACUCAGAAGAUAACCACUUAGCUAACAUUUGUAGCAUGUUUUUAUUCUUUUGUGCUUUUUGCUAAAAGAAGAAAAAAUGUCUCAUUAUUAAAACCAGGUAGGAUUUAUCAAGUGGUAAUUUUUAUUGUUGAGCAGUAUUCACAUUCCUAGUAUGUACAGACAGCUGAUGUUAUGAGAAAGUACAUUUCAAUAUCUAUCUUCCUGGAUUCAUGCAGCUGCAUGUCGACAGGUAGUUAGACUAAGUGGGUAUAUUAGCUUCGGACCUGGUCUUGUUCCAUGUUGUCUUGGAGUCAAAAUUGUAUCCGUUUUUUUGGGGGGGAAAGGAAGAACAGCAAAUUCAUUUAAUUGGGUGAGUUUCCAAGGGACCAGCAAAGGGCGAAGUACUGUGUCAUUUUAUACAUUGUAAUACAGUGCCAACACAUUUUCUUCUCUAUGCAGUCAAAACCGAAGCAUUCCAUUAAAGUGCAGGUGCUUUUCCAAUACCUCCCUAAAAAAAAAAAUAUUUGGAAACUUUUUAUUUUCCGUAACUUUCCGGCAUCAAUAAUCAGAAAUAUAUUUGUAGAAAAUGUUAUUUUUGUUUUGCAAUCUUUUAAACUUUUUUGUAUUUAUCUGUAAACUGAUUUACUGUAGAUGUUGAUGAGGUGGGUUUGUUUUUUGACAACUAAAAGAAACACAAUUGCCACCAUUUUAAUAUUUUACCUGUAGAUAAAGGAGAUGGCUGCCUCAUGCCUAGCGCUCUCUGCAAUCUGACCAACCCCAACAAACCCAAUGACGGUGUCAAUUUGCUCUUUGGACCCUGUGUAUAGCAGAUCAUCUUAGAUUUUCAGCAGCUUGAACAUUUUGUUGUGUUUUCCCCCUCUCCACCACAGCCACCUCACCCUCUGUGUAACACUGUUUAAAUAAACGUUUGUUAUUCUCUAA